AUGGUUUGCUUCUUGUCAAGGCAAGGCCGAGUUGCACUUCUUGUCAAUGUAACGCGUCUAACGCCUUUUCGCAAUGCUGGAGCCGAGUUGCUUACUGUUAAGUUCUUGAAGGGCAAAAUGACUCCAAAGGAAUUUGCAAAUGAGCUUGAAAUGGACAAGAAUCUGUCUUUUGGACUUACCUUUAACUUAGUUGUGGCAGACAUACAUUCAAAAUCAAUGUUUUACAUCUCUAAAAAGACUCAAAACAAGGAAGUUGAUGAGAUAAAAGAAGUUGGACCUGGUCAGUAUGUCAUUACCUCAGCCGGAAUCUAUGAUCUCACAUGCCCUGAGGGUAAUAAUGGAACAGCGCUAUUGGAUGUGGAACGCACUGGGAAAGCAAUUUUCUUUGAGAUAUACCCGGAGAAGGGUGGACCUAUAUACCGCCAGUUCAAUUUCGACAUGGAGUAG